AUGCGGAUAUGAAAUAUAACUUUUCUUCACAUCGGACGUUAUUCACGAUGCUCCAACAUGGCGGAGCUUCAGGAGAGAAAUGUCAUGAAGCAACGUGACUUAAUGUGACUGUAAACACCUGAACCGGCCCCAGGACACACUGUAAUAAAGGCUAAGUGGAGUCGUGAUGGUGGGCUAUGACCCAGGAACCACCACCGUCUCUCCGGAGGACGCGGCUCUGGCCGGCUCAGCAGCAGGCCUCGUGACCCGCGCCAUCAUCAGUCCAAUGGACGUCCUUAAGAUCCGCUUCCAGCUGCAGGUGGAGCGCGUCUCAUCUUCCAGGCCCGAGGGGAAGUACAGAAGCAUAAUGCAGGCAGCGCGUUGCAUUCUGGGAGAAGAAGGACCUUCAGCGUUCUGGAAAGGCCACGUCGCUGCUCAGAUGCUGUCCAUCUGCUAUGGAGCCGUGCAGUUUGCAAGUUUCCAGGCUCUCACUGAACUCAUCCAUAAGACCACGUCCUAUAACAGUCAGGCAGCCGGUGUUCACUUCCUGUGUGGAGGACUGGCUGCGUGUUCUGCUACCGUGGCCUGCCAGCCCCUCGACACACUCCGCACACGCUUCGCUGCUCAAGGAGAACCCAAGGUUUACAAGAACCUCCGUCAAGCCGUGAGCACCAUGUUCAUCCAGGAGGGGGCGCUCACCUUCUACAGAGGCCUCACCCCCACACUGGUGGCCGUCUUCCCGUACGCUGGCCUCCAGUUCUUCAGCUACAACAUCCUCAGAAAGUUACUGGACGACAACAAGACAUGUAAAGGUGGACUGCAGAGUCUGGUGAGCGGCAGUGUGGCCGGGGUCAUCAGUAAAACCCUCACCUACCCCUUCGACCUGUUCAAAAAGAGACUGCAGGUGGGCGGCUUCGAGAAGGCCAGAGUGCACUUCGGACAGGUCCGGACGUACCACGGACUCCUGGACUGUGUGAAGCGCAUCGCUCGAGAGGAAGGUCCGGCCGCCUUCUAUAAGGGUCUUUCUCCCAGCCUGAUAAAGGCGGCCAUGUCCUCCGGCCUCACCUUCUUCUGGUACGAGUUCUUCACCAACACCAUCUCCGGCCUGAGGAGGAAGUGCUGAGCGCGAAAGCUGGUACAGGAAGACGAGGAAGCGCGCGAGCUACAGUAGUCAUCGUAGCUUUUAUUAUAGUCUUUGUACGUUCUAAAACUCUCAGGACAUUCGCUUCAAACGCACACUCAGCGUUGCUAUGACGACAGGCUCACUGUUUUUAAGUUGUUAAAUCUGAGACUACAUUGUUGCUAGGAAACGAGUGCUGUAAGACUAUUAGUGGUAAAAGAGGAGAACGAAUUAGCGAGCUGAUUGACAGGAAGGUGCAGUGACAAAAAAACAACAACAAAAAAACAGAAACGACUCCAAACGACUUUUACAGUUUGCCUGGAUGCCGAAUCGUCGAUCCGUUAGCACACUCGCUAUCUGGUCUUCUUGUUAUGUAGGUAUUUUGUGAGUGCUGAUUUGAUGUAAACAUCAAAUAUGUAGAAACAUGUCAGAGUGGGCGGGGUUAGAGUGGGCUGGGUUAGAGUGGGCGGGGCUAGCGUGGGCUGGGUUAGAGUGGGCGGGGUUAAAAGCUGCACUGUUUCAUGCCGUCGACUUUUUGCACUGUACAUGAGAUCGCCUCUUCGCUCUAAACGCACAGAUACAGUACCUCAUUUUAUUAUACAUUAUUUUUAUCUUCCAAACACUUCCAGCCCUGAAACCGCAAAGUUUGUGACGUUUGUGUUUAAACCGAUCACCAAAUAUUUAUACCACAGCAUCAGGCAUCCAUACACUAACGAGUGCCUGUGGUUUAUAUCGAUUCUAGCGUGUUUUAGCGUGUUUUACCUUUUAUUAAAAUUUGCACUGUUACAUUCUGUUUCCUUUAUAAAUCCGUAAGUUACGUCUUUACCCAAAAAUAGUUUCAUUUGGGGUUUUUUCUGUUUGUUUUUCAUUUAAACAAGGAACACGACGAUAUAGGAAUGUUCAUUUUAACGAGGAAUCGGCCGCGCUUACAGUCGCUCAGCAUUCAUUAAGUGCCGAUGAAGCUUUCGGAAAAACGUUUUGCGACAUCCUAUAGUUACAGUUUUUAUUGUUAUUAUAUAGUGCUUUUAAAUAUGCACAACGAACAACUUUAAAUGAAACUCUUUUAGACACACACACACAUACACAAGUGCUCUAAACACACUGCAUUAGUCAUGUGCUGAUAUAUAAUGGGUCAUAAAUGCUGUCAGAAAAGUUGCAUAAAUUGUAUAAUGUUUUAUAUAUUUUUAUCACAAUAUUGUACUUUUCAAAAUGAAAAGGAAAGUGUUGUCAUUGGUCGGCAUUUCAGCGGUAACUUGUUCGGUAUUUAGCUUCAUCGCAGGUCAAUCCAACUUGCCCACACCACUGAGCAUCUUGCUAAUGAAUCAUACACAUGUUCCACUGUGCUAACUAGCUAACUUUACCCAAGCGGUGUAUCUCGUGUGUUUAGCGCCACGUGUCUACUUGGUUUACUUCUAAACCAGUGUGUAUAGAUUUCUAUCUCUUGCAUUUUACUUCUUUGUGUAUGUGGGUUUGUGUUAUAAGUUAUUUUCGCAAAAUAAUAUCAUUUGUAAACCCAAACAAUAAAACCAGUGUACUCCA